AUGGAACGAGUAGCUAUGAAUCGCGUUCUACUGAAGCAAGUCUCGCUCAUUGGCUAUCGGUAUGGCGAAAGUUCUCGUCGGUAUCCUCAGGAGCAAAAGGCCACCUGGGAUGGGCUUCAGCCGUUGAUGGAAAGCGGGAGUAUACAACCCGUGGUUUACGACACGCAUUAUUAUGGGCUUCAGAGUGUACCUCGGGCGCUGAGAGACAUGGUGGAUCGGAAGAUUUGGGGCAAAGCCGUCGUCACAAUGGCCAGCGGUUCACCACUGGCAAGGCUCUGA